AUUAUUUUUCUCUUGCGGGACCACAAAGGCAGAGAAUCAAACUGUUUCUUUUGGACACACUGGCUUCUUCUCUUUCUUGUGGUUAUUAUGGCUAAUAACACAACAAGCUUGGGGAGUCCGUGGCCAGAAAACUUUUGGGAGGACCUUAUAAUGUCCUUCACGGUAUCCGUGGCAAUUGGGCUCGCAAUUGGAGGAUUUGUCUGGGCGCUGUUCGUUUUUCUGUCUCGAAGAAGAAGAGCCAGCGCUCCCAUCUCACAGUGGAGUUCAACCAGGCGAACCCGGUCCUCCUACAACCACGGCCUCAACAGAACUGGAUUCUACCGCCACAGUGGCUGUGAACGUCGGAGCAACCUGAGCUUAGCCAGUCUGACUUUCCAGCGACAAGCUUCCCUGGAACUGGCAAAUUCCUUUCCCAGAAAAUCAAGCUUCAGGGCUUCGACUUUCCACCCCUUCCUGCAAUGCCCGCCCCUUCCUGUGGAAACUGAGAGCCAGCUGAUGACCUUGCCUGCUUCCACCAUCCCGCCGGCUUCCCACCAUCUCAGCAGGCCGGACUUCCGCUGGUCCAGCAACAGCUUGCGCAUGGGCCUUUCCACUGCUCCUCCACCUGCUUAUGAAUCCAUCAUCAAGGCAUUUCCAGAUUCCUGAGUGUGGCCUUUCAUUGUUCUUAAUUCUUUUAAAAAUAUCUUGUCUCUUAGAAAUGAAAUGGUAUAUAGGCUAAAUAGAACUUUGAAGGCAUGACCCCAGUGACUGAAUCUCCUUGUUGAAUAUGCUCAUGCAUUACAGUGUAAGAACAUUUUCUCUGGGCACAUUUUUUCCCACUUAUGUCUCACAAAAAUAGUAUUUUCUCAAAAAGUUUUAUAUUUAUAUAUUUUGAAUUCAAUGUGAGACAUUGAGUUAAAGAUAUAAAGGAUUCAAAUCUACAAAUCAUUCAUAUAUGUAUGUUUUAGGUUUAAAAAAAGAUUUUAGGUGUUUUUAGUUAAGGUUUACAGUCCUCAUUCACUUUCCAAUGUCACCGUUGAGAGACAAAACUCACUUAAAAAAAUCUAAGGAAUUUUAAUGUUAGGUUCUUUGGCUGACAAGUGAAUCAUAUUGAUAUAGAUAUCUUAGAAUCUUGAUGCUUUCAUGAUGCAUGUGUGCACAAGAUGACAGAACGUCAAACAUUAAAGUCCCGUGGUUCUACAGAAUCAAGCAAAGGAUACUCUACUGACGUCACAGAUAUUUCAGUGUUGAUGCUUGCCUCCCCCAGAUAGACUAGACUCCUUUUGCAGCUCUUCCCAGUAUAAUUAUAUGUAUCAUUGAAGUAAAAUCCUUGAAUUUUAACAUCACUUUUCUGAUGUUAUUAGCAAAGCAACAUCACAUUCAAUUCAUUUAUCCUAAAUUUUGAGUUUAACAUCAACCUUAAGGUUUUCAUCAGGGAUAAAUUUUCUUUCUUGGAUUUGGAUCCAGCACCUACAAGAGCACGUUGUCUGGUGUGUGUGUGUGGGGGGGUGUUUAUCUGUUUUCUGCAGCCAAAUAAAGAUGAGGCAUUAGGGAGAGAGUCUCUGCUAGCCAGCAGGUGCUACAGCCCUGAAGAGCUGGGUCAACUCAGCCUCCAGGCACCAUCCCUGUGUGCGUCUCACUGAAUUCCAACCCCAUAUUCUCUGAAGUCUUUAUACAGUGAUUAAAGUACAUGAAGUGGCUAGUACAGACAGUUACCUAAGGAGCUCACAUCACCAGGUGAAGCUGUCCCUAAUGUGAGAACCAGAGUUUCCGUGGCCCUUUUCCUUCAAGGCCUGGCGUUCACUGGGAGAUCAUUCAGAAGGCUUGUGUUUCAUAUUUGAUAUAGCAAAUAUUUAGCAUAUGUAGUUUAUUCUUCUGAACAUUGGACUUUUCAGUGAUGGACAGUGAUCAUAGCUAAUGGUGUCUGAACAUAGCUUGAGUAUAAUAUUUUUACAUAAAAAAUUCCCUACAGAAUUUUUUAUUAAUUUCAUGCAACAAAUUAUCCAUUAUUAAGAGAAAUUACUCUUCAUAAUGUCUACAGAAAGAUACUCUCUAAUUAAAGAUAUAAGAGGAGAAGGAAAGAAAGGAAGGGAAAAAAAGAGCCCAGAAAACACAAUGAAAAGCAAACUGGAUGACCAGUCCAUUGAAGCCCUUUUUUUUUUGGU